AUGCCUCUGCCCAGACGCCGUUCCUCCUUCCUGGGCCAGUCCCCUGCGGACUGCCGGCCCCCCUCUCUUGGCCGGUCUUCUCCAGACCGUUGCCCCUCAGCUCCCAGCGUCAGAGUGAGCCGCGGCGUGUUCGUCGGCACCGCUCCCCAGAUUGGUGGGUCCUCCGGCCUGGGGACGCGAGUGUCCAGAAGAGCUCUGGGCAUCAGCAGCAUCUUUCUGCAGGGAAUGAGGAGCAGUGCAGCUCCAGUGCUUUCCCGGCUCGGGGCGCAGGGGGGCCACAGCGCGACCUCGGCCGCCGGUCUCAACAGCUGUCUGAUGGAGUACCGGGACAAAGUCCGAGCCCUGGAGCAGCUGAACCAGCAGCUUGAAGAACAGAUCCGGCUCAGUCUGGACCGCAAAGCCUCCAGCGCUGGAGCCUGGGGGCCCCUGCGGAGGGAGUGGGAGGACGUCUACAGACAGGUCAGCGAGUCCAUACUGGAGAACGCACGGCUGAUGCUUCAGACAGAGAACGUCCAGGCUAAUGCUGAGGACUUCAAGGAGAGGUACGAGAGCGAGCAGCCCAUCAGGCUGGCAGUGGAGGAUGAGAUCGCGUCUCUCUACAGGGUCAUCGACGACGCUAACCUGACCAAGCUGGAGCUGGAGGAGCAGAUGGAGAAGAUGAGGGCGGAGCUUCAGGAGCUGGACCAGGUCCACGAGCAGGACGUGCGAAACCUCUACAGUCAGAUGUCUGGACAGGAAGUGGACCAGCCCGAUGCUCCCAUUGAAACUAGCCUGGAUCAAAUUUUGGACCACAUCAGGAACCACUGGGAGCGGGUGACUGAGCAAAGCCGGGCCGAAACGGACAGCUACCUGGAAUAUCAGGAAGCCCAGAGUGUCGGCAGCAGACUGAGUCCUGAGGAGCAGCAGGUGGAGACUCUGAAGGCAGAGUGCACCGAUGCCGGCAUCAAGAUCCAGAGCUUGCAGGCUGAGACCGAAUCCAUCAGGGCACUGAGGCGAGGGCUGGAGAACUCCCUCGGCGAUGCCCACCACUGGCACGACGUGGAACUACAGAACCUGGGCUCGGUGGUGUCUCGCCUGCAGGCGGAGCUGUCCGAUGUACACAGAGAGCUUGAGCAGCAGCAGCAGGAUUAUGAGGCGCUACUGAGCAACAAGCAACGUCUGGAGCAACAGAUCCGGGUCUACCACGGGAUACUGGACGGGGAGGAGAUCAGGUACAGGAGCACGGGUGUGCAGUCAGAACUGGAGGAGCCUCCCGGUUCGGACCCAGUAACAUGCUGAUCACGGAUGCGCGGGAACGUGACCACUGAGACGUGUCCGGAUUCUUGGAAACACCUACUCAGGAUCCGGACUGAGCUAGUUCUAGAUUAGCCGGAGAGGAUUCAAUAAAGCUUCCGAA